AUGGCCCUCUCCAGCCCCACCUCUUGUUCCCGGGCCUGGGCCAAGUCCUCUGGAAGGUCCCAGGUGGCCCAUUCCAGAUGCCUGCCCUCAGAUAUGGGGAAUUCUCUCUGGGGAAGCCCCCACUCCACAAGCUGCCCAGGCGAGAUGUGGUGGCUGCUUCUCUGGGGAGUCCUCCAGGCUUGCCCCACGCAGGGCUCCGUGCUCUUGGCCCAGCAGCUACCCCAGCAGCUGACAUCCCCAGGGUACCCAGAGCCAUACCUCAAAGGCCAAGAGAGCACCACUGUCAUCAAGGCCCCGGAGGGCUUUGCUGUGAAGCUCAUCUUCCAGGACUUGGACCUGGAGCUGUCCCAGGACUGUGAGCAGGACUCUGUCACAAUCACAGCCAGUGGGAUGGAUCCAAGCCGGCGCUAUGGCCAGGUGGGCUCUCUGCUGGGCAGCCCUCCAGGUCAGAGGGAGUUUGUGUCCUCGGGUAACAGUUUGCAGCUGACUUUCCGUGCUCCUGCCUCCUCUAAGGACAUGACAACUGGCCUCCACAAAGGCUUUCUGGUCCUCUACCAAGCCGUGAGUAUGAACCAUAACCGGCCCAUCGGCCAUAUUAGUGGGGGCUCUGAGGCCACACAGAAACCUGGAGACAACUCCUCUAUGAUCCAGAACCACUGCCAGGAGCCCUAUUAUCAGGCUGUGCCAGCAGAGACACUCACCUGCCCAGCCCAGGGCCCUGGGAAAGAAACACAGGACAGGGAGGAGGUUCCUCACUGUGUGCCUGUCUGUGGACAGCCAGUCAUCCCCAUCGCCCAGAACCAGGAGGCCCAGGGUUCUUCCAAAGCUAAGCUGGGCAACUUCCCCUGGCAAGCCUUCACCAAUAUCUAUGGCCGUGGAGGCGGGGCCCUGCUGGGCGACAGAUGGAUCCUCACUGCCGCCCACACCAUCUAUCCCAAGGACACCAUCUUUCUCGGGAAGAAGAGGAGUGUGAACGUGUUCCUGGGCCACACAAACAUAGAUGAGAUUAUAAAACUGGGAAACCACCCUGUGCGCCGUGUGGUUGUGCACCCAGACUACCGUCAGAAAGAGUCCAACAACUUCAAUGGGGACAUUGCCCUCCUAGAACUCCAGCAUAGUGUCCCCCUCGGCCCUAGCCUCCUCCCUGUCUGUCUGCCGGACAACGAGACCCUUUACCACAGUGGCCUGAUGGGCUAUGUCAGUGGGUUUGGUGUGGAGAUGGGCUGGUUAACCACUGAGUUGAAAUACUCAAGGCUGCCGGUUGCCCCGAGGGAAGCCUGCGAGGCCUGGCUUCAAGAGAAACAGAGGACUGAGGUGUUUUCUGACAAUAUGUUCUGUGUUGGGGAUGAGUCAAGGCAGCAGAGUGUCUGCCAGGGAGACAGUGGUGGUGUUUAUGUAGUAUGGGAUGAUCGUGCCCAUCACUGGGUGGCCACAGGCAUCGUAUCCUGGGGCAUUGGGUGUGGCAAAGGGUACGGCUUUUACACCAAAGUGCUCAACUAUGUGGACUGGAUCAAGGGAGUGAUGAGUGGAAAGGGCUGA